UCUCUGUCGGCACAGAGUGUAAGAGUUAUUACUCCCAUCAGAUUUCUCGGCAGUGACCGAAGUGAAUUUAUUAACAUUGUACGCUACCCUAGUGGACGGAUCUCAAGCAAUAAGGAGGAAAUCUACAACAAAAGAGGAAUGGCAGCGUGCAUCACCAAAGUCCUUGGACAAGCUAAACACUGUCAGAAUAUCCAAUCUAUCAGCUGGGUUCUUAAGUCGGCACCAGCUGUUGGUCAGAUUCGAUAUCCAUCGGCCAAACACUAUGAUCCAAAAUGGAGGAAACAGAGAAGAGAAAAAGUCAGGAAGGUCGACCUUCCGGACUUCCGUCAGAUGAUGGCCGAUCUCAAGAUGUCCCCUGAUGAAAUGAGAACGAGAAUGAAGAAAGAAGGCCGCUUACCACCGCGACACCACCAGGAUCGCCCACUCAACAUUUCAGCAACAGGUGCCAUCAUUGAGGAGUUCGUCCCACCAGAGGGAGAUGGUAAAAAAUCUCUAAUUUCCCCACAGGGGGUGAAAACAAAGUAUAAAGAAUUUGAGAAGAAGGGAAAAUCGUUUAUGGAAUUGCGAAAAGUGCGACAGUUUGAAGAGGACUUUGACACGAAGGAAUUUGCACAACAGGCGCAGGACAUCGUCAUAGAGGCACAGGAAUGUUUGCAGGAUGUUUAUAAAAAUGAAGAUAGACUCCAUGAUCUAGUCACGGAGAAAGCUUUUCCAGAGAUGGUGUUUGGCUUGGAGAACAAGACGUUCAGGUGGACGUUUGUCGAGUCGAUCGAACCCCCGCGAGUAACACAGGUGCGCACACAGGAGAUGUUUGGUAAAGACAAUCUGUUUGCGCAGAUCACAGUCAGGAUGCACACGAAACAGAUACUUGCGGUGUACGACCGUUUUGGCCGGUUGAUGUACGGCAGUGACAGAAUAGCGAAGGAUGUCUUGGAGUAUGUGGUGCUAGAGAAGCACAUCGCUAACGAGUACGGCUUGUGGAGAAUUCACGGCAAGAUCAUCCCAGACUGGAUGCCACCACGCGAACCUCUCUUAAAGACAUUUCUCAAACCAGAGUUCUCUCCCUUGCCUGCUGAAGAAACCGAAGAAGACUCCUCGGUUCCUGCGACCACAUGAUGUAGAAGGAAUAAAAGUCGCAAAUGUAGUGGACAUUUUGCAAGAAUGUCUCUUCUGCUGAACUCAAAGUGUGGUCAAUAUUUUAGAGAUUUCGGCUGCAAUACUGUGUUUCAGAAUAUUAUAGUGGGUCGGAUGCGCUCGCCUGAGGAGCUCAAGUGGCCUCUGGCCGUGUUCUGUUUACAGUGAAACCCCUCUAAACGGGACAACCUCAGGAUCAAGAAAAAUGUCCGGUAAUAAGAGGUAUCUGGUUUAGAGAGGUAAAAUUUUAUACUGAUUUUUAAAAGGGACUGUAAUAAUGGUCCGGUUUUCAAGGAAUUCCGGUUUACAGAGGGUCUGGUUUUGAGCGGUUUCACGGUAUAUGUGAGAAUAUGGCUAGAGUAUGCCGAGUGUUAAAAACUGUCAAUUUUUUUUUUUAUUACAUUAUUAUUAUUUAAAAGGACUACCAGUAUGCUGGGUUUGCUAAAAUGUGUUUGAACUUUAACAUUUUGUAAUGACUAUUGUUACAUAUUAAAUAUAUUUUCUGGA